AUUUUAUAAAAAUAUCUGAUAAAAAGUCAAGUAUGUAUUGGCAAAUUGUAUAUAUGAAUAAUACACUUGGAGAAGAAUCAAUACGGAGAUCGAAUAGUGGGAAGGGGAGAAAGGACGAAUUGAAAAGUGAAAAAGAACGUUCGUGCGUAUAAUAAUCGGAAUAUUGUUCGUUCGUUCGUUCGUUCACAUUGUGAAAGAGGUGAUGCCUUUGAAUCCUAAUGACCAGACCAUUUUAUAUAUUUCGUGUCGCGUGUGUGAGUUGUCGUCGUUUGUUGGAUUGUUGUUGUUGUUGUCGUCGUCAUCGUCGUCGUUGUUGUCGUCGUCCUCCUUCUCCUCCUGUUCUUCUUCUUCUUCAUCGUUGUUACAGCAGCACGGUGAAGUGCGCGUGUGUUGUACAUCGAUCGAAUCGCGACGCGUGCACUUGUAACGAGUUUUUAACGUCGCUGUUUUAAGAGUGAUACACCAAGAGACCACCCCCACCUUUUAAUUCAUAUAAUAAUAAUAACGACCAACAACAACGCACCGAAGAGAAUUUUUUCCUAGCGAGUAGUAAUUGCCACGAGUAUAUUAUCGAAAUAUACGAGUCCGACGACUUUCACCCCCGUAUUUGAUACGACACAACGAGCGAUUUGAAAAUGGGUUGUUUUGGGAGCAAGGAUAAGUUGAGUAAAGAGGAUAUGGAAUUUCUGAAGUCACGCACGCGAUAUGACGAAAUCACAAUCAAGGAAUGGUACAAAGGAUUCAAACAAGACUGUCCUAACGGCAGAUUAACGCCAGCAAAAUUCGUGGACAUGUAUAAAACGUUCUUUCCGUCUGGCCAUGCGGAAGAAUUUUGCGACCACGUAUUCCGCACAUUCGACAUGGAUAAAAACGGUUAUAUCGACUUUAAGGAAUUUCUCUUAGCCAUCGAUGUUACGUCCUGCGGUACACCGGAAGAAAAACUUAAGUGGGCAUUCCGGAUGUACGACGUUGAUGGAAAUGGCGUUAUUGAUAUUCAAGAGAUGACUAAGAUCGUUCAAGCGAUAUACGAUAUGCUCGGAGCAUGUUCGAGCAACAGGCCAGCGGACAGCGCCGAAGAAAGAACUAAGAAUAUAUUUGCUAAAAUGGAUGAAAAUCAUGACGGGCAAUUGACGCAAGAAGAAUUUCUUAAGGGUUGUCUUCAAGACGAAGAAUUGUCCAAAAUGUUGGCUCCUUAAUCUGACUGGCCAAAUUUCUCAGAAAAUACAUUGACAGACGUCUUGACCGAUUUUUAAGACGGAUUUCUGAAAUAAUGAAAUAAUUAUUACCGUCAUUAUUGUUACGAUCUCUGUCGUUGCUGCUGCUGUUGCCGCUGUUGCCGCCGCUACUAUUAUCAACACCAACGCGAUCGCCAUCUCAACGGAACACUAUUAUUAAAUUAUCGAAACCACCACGACCAUCACUUAAUACCAUCACCAACACCACCACCACCACCACCACCACUACCACCUUCACAGUUGCCACCGUUUUAUUAUCACUUGUCGCCACUGCAACGUCUUCUACGCUUCGCAGCAAUUCCGUCUUUUUAUGAGAUUAUGUGACCAGAUAUAACGAUGACUAUGACUUGACGACGACGACGACGACGACGACGAAUGAUUUAUAUUUCUUGAUAACACGAAAAAAAGUAAUGACACGAACGAUCGCACCGGUGGUGGUAUAGCAUCAUCGUCAAGAGCGACCGAUAACUUACGAACAAUUUUUAAUUCGAACUUAAUCCACGCGCACGCGGAUAGGAAAUUAAAAUAUUUAAAAAAAGAAAACAGAAAAGAAAUGAUAAAGUUGAAAAAUAAUUUGUGAGAUUAAGGCUUACACGAAUAACAGAAACUACUUAUAUGCUGCGAGUGUAUUUUCAUGACUUUACUUCGAGUUUAAUCUUUUUCAAGUCAAUCGCGUUAUUUAAUAAUGCGAGAUUUGUCGUUUGAUUAUUCAGAUUUUGUUCUCACUCGAAUCUGUGAACCAGCAAAUAAUUCGAUUACUUUAUCGAAUAGAUUGCGAAUCGAUUCAUCAAAACGCACGCAAUAAAAAUUCGUUGCGAUAUACUCCCAUAAUAAUAAUAAUCGUUUGAAUUUGUUAUAUUACCGAAUUAAAUCGCUAAAUAAAUUUCACUGGACCGAAAAGAUUUUUAAAAAGCUGUCAAGUAUCGUCGCGGUGACCGCGCCAAUGUGGUCCAAGUUAAUGAAGAAAGGAUUUAUUAAUUACAUCUUGUAUGUAAUUAAUGUACUUAGUCCUAAAUUUUAGCGGCUUAUCGAACGAUCCAAAUCUUUAAGAAUUAGGAAAAUGAACAUCGAAAACACACUCGACCGAUUGCGAGUUCAACAAUCGUUAAUAUUCGCAUCGCUUUUUAUGCAAAUAAUGAAAGGAUAUUGAUUUCUUUUAUUUUUUUUUUUUUUUAAUUUCAAUGUUAGGAAAGGCCAAGCCAUUGAAACUAACAUAACAUGCUCUUCACAAUAAAUAAACGAAUCAGAUGAAUUCUUCCAAACGAUCUUUUUGUUUCCAUCUGAGAAACGCGUCGUUUGAAAUCAAGCCAAAAUAAUGAAGAUAAAAAGAUUUGAAAAUUCGUCGAUUCUCUAACUGUUAUUAUUUUCGAACGAAUAUUAUUGCCAUAUAUGCAUUUUUCUUAUUUCUACACGAAAAUUUUGAUGGAAAAAAAAAAAAAAUCAUCGACGUGCAUAUUUAAUAGUAAUCGCGUGCACGCGUUACCAAACAAUUUCUUUUUUUUUCCCUUUUUCUUUUUAAUAUCUCUUUAUCGUGUAUUCCUACGUCAUUCUUUUUAUUUUACGAACAUCAAUAACUUCGAAAAAAUAAUAUCGCGAACGAGUAGUAAUUAUUAACAAAUGAUUCGAAUAUAUAUUUCAAUAUUUCGGAUAUUAUUUUAGCUAUAUACUUCCUUAUCAAAAGUAAAGGAGUAAACGAACAGAAAACAAAACCAAAAAAGAAGUAGAAAAAAAAAAUAUAAAGGAAAAAAAGAAAAAAA